UUGGGGUGCACCGUGCAGAGGCUGAGAAUGAAGUUUCCGCUGUUGAUGCUGGUCCUUCCGGUUGCUGCUUCUGGAGCUGCUUCCCGGACUAACUCCACAGGCUUUGAGGAGAAUGACAUGCUCUUUGCUGAAAGGUACCUGGAAACCUAUUAUGGUUUCAUGAUGGAUGAAAAUCCAAUGACAAAAAUGAAAGUCAGUACAAACUUGAUGAAGAAUAAAAUUCAGGAAAUGCAGCAGUUCUUGGGGCUAAAAGUGACUGGGAGACUGGAUGCCUCUACCCUGGACAUGAUGCACGUGCCCCGAUGUGGGGUGCCUGAUGUUCAUGAGUUCAGGACGCUGUCAGGGAGGCCAGUGUGGAAGAAACGCUUUCUCACCUACAGAAUCAAUAAUUACACUCCUGACAUGAAGCCUGCAGAUGUUGACUAUGCCAUCCAGAAAGCUUUUCAAGUAUGGAGUGAUGUGACCCCCCUGAAAUUCAGGAAAAUUCACUCAGGAGAGGCUGACAUUAUGAUACAAUUUGCAUCUGGAGCUCAUGGAGACUUCAAUCCUUUCGACGGCAGAGGGGGAGUCAUAGCCCAUGCUUUUGGACCCGGACCUGGUAUUGGGGGAGACACACAUUUUGAUGAGGCUGAAAUCUGGACUCCAGACUACAGAGGCACAAACUUGUUCCUAGUUGCUGUUCAUGAGCUUGGCCAUUCCUUGGGUCUUGACCAUUCCAGUGAUCCAAAAGCCAUAAUGUUCCCUACUUACAGUUAUGUUGACCCCAACACCUUUCACCUCUCUGCUGAUGACGUACGUGGCAUUCAGUCUCUCUAUGGAGGUCCAGAAAAGCACCAAUCCCCAUCAAAUCCUGAUGGUACAGAAUCAUCCACCUGCAAUCUGAGUCUUGAUGCUGUCACAACUGUGGGAAAUAAAAUCAUUUUCUUUAAAGACAGAUUCUUUGGGUGGAGGAAUCCUGAGAGUCCAAAGAGCAAUAUUAGUUUAAUUUCUUCUUUGUGGCCAACUUUACCAUCUGGCAUUCAAGCUGCUUAUGAAAUUGGAGACAGAAAUCAAGUUUUUCUUUUUAAAGAUGAUAAGUACUGGUUAAUUAACAAUUUAAAACCACAGCGACUCUAUCCCAAGAGUAUACAUUCUUUGGGCUUUCCUGACUUUGUGAAAAAAAUUGAUGCAGCUGUGUUUAAUCCACUUUUCUAUAAGACCUACUUCUUUGUAGGUAAUCAGUAUUGGAGGUACAAUGAAAGGAAACAGUUCAUGGACCCUGGUUAUCCCAAAUUGAUUACCAAAAGCUUUCCAGGAAUUGGGCCUAAAAUCGAUGCAGUCUACUAUAGUAACAGACACUACUCUUUCUUCCAAGGACCUGAUGUGGCUGAAUAUGAUGUCCUAUCCCAUCGUGUUACCAAAAGGCUAAAACACAGUAUGAAGUUAGGUUGUUAGGAAUGGUGUAAUUAGUGAUGUUUGUCAAUUUACUUAAGUGAGAAUGUAUUGCCUACUUUCUCUGUGUCCAGUGUCCCAUUACAUGGUGAUGCAUUUCAUAAAAUAAGGUGAAGUCUAUAGGCCAGAGAUAAAUUAUCAUACAAGUAAAUGAUCAAAUUAUGUAAGAUUUUUUGAUUUUGAAAACCCUCAUUGUCAAGUUUUACUUGAUUCAACUAUUAAGCUUGAAAAUAGACACUUUCAGAAAGGGGCAAUAGAAUAGCUUGGUCCUUGAACUUCCAAGAACUGAGACAUUAUCAUUAUUUCUUUUCCUUAACUAGUAUUAAGAAAUGACUUGUUUCUGUGACCCUUAAAUGUUUCAACAAGUAUAUUAUUCUAAUUCUUUUGGAAUAAAAACAGAAUACUACCAGAAAAUGACAAUUAAUAUAAGGUAACAUAUAAGUAAAUUAUA